AUGGAGGGGUUGUCUUCACAUCUAAAGGAACUAUGGGAGGAAUGGGAACUGCGAGUCCUGGUACUCCUCAGCCUCACUGUUCAAAUUGUGCUCAUCGUCCUCGGGCGUCACCGGAAGUACCGGCCCAACUUGUGGUUGCAGGCGUUGGUCUGGUCACUCUACUUGUCGGCAGAUGCGGUUGCGAUCUACACGCUUGGGAAGAUUGCGACCCGGCUAGCACAAAUGCGGCGCGACCUUGGUGCCGCCGCUGCCACUGCUGGGCUGAACCCAGACGCCCAGAUGAUUGCAUUCUGGACGCCAUUCCUGCUGCUACACCUGGGCGGUCCAGACACCAUCACGGCCUACUCCCUUGAGGACAACGAGCUCUGGUUGAGGCAUUUUCUCAGACUCGUCGUCCAAAUGGCCCUCCGGGCCGCGAGCAGUGAACAGUUCAGGGACUCAACCCCAGACCCUCCUCUCCAUCGCCCGAGGAUCCUGGAGGAAUAUAUGUUGAAGAAGGCCGAGGGCUAUGACGUCACGCCGCACGUGGUAAUCGAGGUGUACGAAGUGAACGCUGGACACAAUUCGGAGGCAGACGGAAAUCUUACGUCUUGUGAUGAAACGCUCUUACCCAGUAAAUUGAAGAAGAAGAGGCAGGACGAACAGGAUGGGGAACAGAGUAACUGCCGCAAUGAAUUGGAGGAGAAGCGCGAACAGGGCGAGCAAGAUAAUCGUGCAAACAAAAACGAUAUGAGCAUGCGCAACAACCGGGCCGAGUUAACAUUAGCCAAAGACCUGCUCGACACUUUCCGGCGCCUUUUCAUGGAUCUCGUGCUUAGCAUUGAGGAACGUGACACUAGCCUUUCAAUACUCAAGGAUAAAAGUUUUCACGUGGUAUUCAGAGUUAUCGAGAUUGAACUGGGACUCAUGUACGAUUUGCUCUACACUAAGGCGAUAGUGUUCCAGAAACGAUGGGGCUUUACUCUUCGCACCGUGAGUAUACUCCUCACCGUAAUGGUCUUGGUGCUUUUUUCCUUGUCAGACAAGGACAAAUACUCCACGUUCAAUAUCUGUGUGACCUUCUUGUUGCUCUCGGUCGCCAUUUUCCUUGAGAUUUAUGUGUUAUUCUAUCUUCUCUUUGAUGUUGCUAGUAUGAGUACCUAG